GAGAGGAGGGUGAGCUAGUGAGAGGGUAGAGGGCUCUUGAAGAGGAAAAGCAACGUCAGUCUGGGCAGCUAUGCACCGAGCCAGGACAGUGUGACAGAGGAGAGGGGAGCAGGGAUUUGGGCUGUGCUGCAGAGGGAUGCAGAGAGGAGCUGCCACUGCAGUAGGAGAGAGAGACUGAGACAGAGAGGGGGACUGAAGGACAAGCACCAGCCAGGAGGCUACAGAGAUCCAUUCUUAGACAUCCAACCUCUACCACAUCGUGGCCUGGCUGCUUGCCCAUGGGAGAGACCUGUGAGCAGGCAUGGACUCCAGACCAGAUGGGCAAGAUUCUGCCAGGACCAGGGAUGGGAUCAGAUCAUCUGCUAUCCUCCUGUACAUUUCUCCCUGCCUAACACCCUCAACUGCUGGCUGAGAUACUGGGAUCUGAGGGCCUUCAUGCCCCAGGACAGUCCGGGUAGAUAGAGGAGAGGGAGAGGAGGUGGGUCAGGGGAGACACAGGAUAAGGAGGAGGUGGUAGCUGUAGUUUUUUGAUGAGGGUCUCCUAAAUUAAGUGAGUUGGAAUAAAGAUGUAGUGUGAGUGGGAAGCAGAACAAGGAGUGAGCUGUGCUGCAGAGUGUGGUGGAGUGGAGUGGGGCAGACCGGGAGCUGGGUGGACUGACGGACACACUGCCUGAGCUGCAAGGGUAACUCCAGAGGGGAGACGGAGCCCGGGUUGUACUCUGGGUCAGGAAGAUGCCCUCUCGCUGUAGGACUGUGCUGCAUAUCGUAACCACCACCCUGUUCGCCACAGUGGUGCUGUUUGGGAUCCUGCUGGCCUAUGUGACUGGCUAUCAGUUCAUCCACACAGAGCAGCACCACCUGUCCUUCGGCCUGUACGGAGCCAUCCUGUCCCUGCAUCUUUUCCUCCAGAGCCUGUUUGCCUUCCUGGAGCACAGACACAUGCGCAGCCCCGCCCGGCCCCAGCACCUGCGGCGCUCUGUGGCCCUGUGCAUCGCAGCCUACCAGGAGGACCCAGACUACCUGAGGAAGUGCCUCUGCAGCGUGCGCCGCAUCUCCUUCCCCAGCCUGAAGGUGGUGCUGGUGGUGGACGGGAACAGACCGGAGGACCACUACAUGAUGGACAUCUUCCAGGAGGUGAUGGGUGGAGUGGACCAGGCUGGCAGCGUGGUGUGGAAGGGGAACUACCACAGUGACGGGGGUGGAGGGGUGGGCAGAGGGGGGACUGGAGCAGCGUCCCUGCAUGCGCAGGAGGCUGCACGUGUGGCCAGGCUAGUGAGAGGCUGUCGCUACUCCUGUAUCAUGCAAGAGUGGGGAGGGAAGAGAGAGGUGAUGUACACAGCCUUCAAAGCCCUGGGAGACUCUGUGGACUAUAUCCAGGUGUGUGAUUCAGACACAGUUCUGGAUCCAGCGUGCACCAUAGAGAUGCUGAAGAUUCUAGAAGAGGAUGCAAAGGUGGGCGGAGUAGGUGGAGAUGUUCAGAUCCUGAAUAAGUAUGACUCGUGGAUCUCCUUCCUGAGCAGUGUUCGUUACUGGAUGGCCUUCAACGUGGAGCGGGCCUGCCAGUCCUACUUUGGCUGUGUGCAGUGUAUCAGUGGCCCCCUGGGCAUGUACCGCAACUCCCUGCUGCAGCAGUUCCUAGAGCCCUGGUAUCACCAGACCUUCCUGGGCAGCAAGUGCAGCUUUGGUGACGACCGCCACCUCACCAACCGCGUGCUGAGCUUCGGUUACAAGACCAAGUUCACGGCCCGCUCCAAGUGCCAGACUGAAACGCCAACGCGCUACCUCCGCUGGCUCAACCAGCAGACCCGCUGGAGCAAGUCCUACUUCAGAGAGUGGCUGUACAACGCCCUCUGGUUCCACAAGCACAGCCUUUGGAUGACAUACGAGUCUGUGGUGACGGGUUUCUUCCCCUUCUUCCUUGUUGCCACUGUGAUCCACCUUUUCUACCGCGGGCGCCUGUGGAACAUCCUUCUCUUCCUGUUGACAGUGCAACUGGUUGGCAUGGUGAAGGCCACCUACGCCUGCUUCCUGAGGGGCAGUCUGGUCAUGAUCUUCAUGUCUCUCUACUCCCUCCUCUACAUGUCCAGCCUGCUACCAGCCAAGAUCUUUGCCCUGCUCACUAUCAAUAAGGCUGGCUGGGGCACGUCAGGGCGGAGGAAGAUUGUGGUGAACUUCAUAGGGGCGGUGCCCGUCACAGUGUGGGGGGCUGUGCUGCUGGGUGGGGUUGCCUACACCAUCUACUGUGAGACCCAGGAGCCCUUCAGUGAAACCGAGAAAGCGCUUCUCAUCGCUGGGGUCAUCCUGUACGCCUGCUACUGGCUCAUUCUGCUGGUUCUCUACCUGGCUAUAGUGGCCAAGCGCUGCAACAAGAGAGAGGAUCAGUACCACCUGCCGUACGCAGAGGCAUAAGACAUGGAUCCUUGUUCAGUCCCUUGUGUGCUGCUAGAACAACUGAGCCAGUCUGUGGCCCCACCACUCUGUCUCCAUGGUGCUAAACCUCUGGGACCUAUGGGGCAUGAAUGUGUUGUAGAAUGACAAUGGACGGACAGUUCUCACAUUAACCUGGGAGACUUGGUUAAGUAGGUUACAAACCUUUUCUACAGUACAGAGUCCUCUACCAGUGGCCAUGGUGCUUACCAUGGAUAUAAAGCACAUUAUCACACAGCCCGUUUGGCCAUGGUGGGACAAGGUGUGGCCAGGAUAUACCAGAGAUCAUAAGAGUUAUGACACGGUGUGUGUCAGUAUGAAGCAAUGUUGAUAUGUUACUUGAUGCACUGAGCUGAGGGCCUUCUCUGCCUCAAUCAGGACACACAAUGAUCUACAGUUGUAUUUUUGUAAUACAAAAAUUGAUAGACAAUCUAACAUUUAUACAAACAUAACUUACAAAUACAUUUGGUGCUGAUGAACAGGCCCAGGGUAAACUUUUAGCUCGUAAGCUAAUGGCUUGCAAGACUAUUGACACUCAAUUGAAUUAGUCAGUGAGUUUCAGUGGCCAUUUUGUUCUAUGGGUGCCAAAUUGUAUUCACAUUAUACUGCAGUGUUCAUUACAGGAUGUACUUUUCCAAGUGAGGAUAAUCCCACAUUAAUUCCAUCAUGUAGACUAUGACCAAAGAGCACUUGUUUUUUGACAUGUCGUACCAUUAAUACAACAUAAGUACUAACUCCAUUGCUGUUAUUAGUUGUAAAUCCAUGAGAAAAUAAAAACAUGAUCCCAUUUUAUCAAGGUCAGGUGGUAUUAGUGUAGGUGCUACCAUGUCUAAGUUGACAUGUGUUUUUUGUUGUUGGAGAAUGGAGAUAAUGUCGUGGAAGUUUCCACUUGUGUGCUAUUUAAGUUGUGUUCAUAUUAUUUUAUUAAAUGAGGAUUGCAUAACUUGAAACUUGAAAGUGCAAACAAGACACAUAAAACAAUGUUUGUUUACAGACUUGCUCAGCCUCUAUCUACCAAUGGUGCAGUGGGUCAAUUUGAUGGUACAGUACAUUUCCAGAGGUGAUAUAGAUGUUCAAGUACAAACUUUGUGGGCCACCAGGAAUAUGUUUUCAGUGUUGUCUUGGCUAUGAAUUAGAGUUUGCUGUUGUUGGGGCUCAGAACUGCAACCUCCACACCAGUUUCACAAGGCACAAAAUUGUUUGCAAUUCCUUCAAGUAUUGGUGGCCAUGAAUUGUGACCACAUUAUUUUUGAGUUUUUUUAUACUGAAAUUGGGGUUAAACAGAUAAAGAGCCCCCACAAAAAUGUAGUACUUUGAAGUUAUUUCCCGAGUGCAAUGUCAACAUAAAGUUAACACCAACAUAAAGUGUCUUAAUAGGGCGUUGGGCCACCACGAGCCAGAAAAGCUUCAAUGCACCUUGGCAUAGUUUCUACAAUUGUCUGGAACUCUAUUGGAGGGAUGUGACACCA